AUGUCUUACUCUCUGACUCAGCAGCUCCUCUCUUCAGAUGAGCAAGGCUACAAGCGAGCCACACAGUCUGAAUUCCUACGGCUUGCGGGCCAUGGCAAAGCUUCAAAAAACCUUUUAGGUCUAUGGCUUGCAAAUGAUCGUCUCUACAUCCACAGCUAUUGCCGCGGUCUUGGUCGGUUGCUCAGCUUUCUGGAGUUUCCCGAUACCGUACAGCGUGACCAAGAUCCCGCAACCACAACGCAACUCCUGGACUGGAUUGUCGCUGCUCUUGUAAACAUCCGACGGGAGGAAAAGUUCUUUAUCAAUACGGCUUUCGAGUACGGUAUCAACAUCAACCUCGAGACCAAAGAUGGGCGUGUUGAGUCGAGCUCUAAACUCGAAGGUCUCCGUCGAUGGGAAGCACUGUACGCUUCUGUAUCUCCUAACGAGAAGGAUGUGCUUCCCUGGCUUGAAGCAGCCGUGAUAUACUGGGGAACGGAAAAGUGUUAUCUGGAUGCUUGGUCGUGGGCAAAGGCGCAGCUUUCGGACAAUGACGACGGCAGUGAUGAUGCUGAUGGUGGAGCUGUGAGAAAGGAGUUUAUCAACAAUUGGACAUGCAAGGAGUUUGUCGACUUUGUUGAUGAUCUGGGCAAGAUUAUCGAUGAUGCUGCUGCAAAUGUUAUCAAGGAAAAGGGUGAGGGUGCAAAGGAGCAACUGUUCAAGCGAGUCCAGGGGAAGUGGCAGGAUGUUUUGGAUGCAGAAGAGGCUUUCUGGCCUGCGGUUUAG